UAUCCAAAUACUCAUAAAUCAGUCAAAAUGGGUUACGGCGAACUUGAUCAGAAGGCUAUCAACACCAUCCGUGUCCUCGCGGCCGAUGCGACCGCUCACAGCAACUCGGGACACCCUGGUGCUCCCAUGGGAAUGGCCCCAGUUGCUCACGUUCUGUUCAACAAGUUCAUGAACUUCAACCCCAAGAACCCCGACUGGUUGAACCGUGACCGUUUCGUUCUCUCCAACGGACACGGCUGCAUGCUUCAGUAUGCUAUCCUCCACCUCUUCGGUUACGACCUCAGCAUCGAUGACCUGAAGGCUUUCCGAUCCGUUGACAGCCGAACUCCCGGUCACCCCGAGGCUCACGACACUCCCGGAGUUGAGGUCACCACUGGUCCUCUUGGCCAGGGUAUUUCCAACGCUGUUGGUCUGGCCAUGGCUCAGGCUCACACUGCCGCCACCUUCAACAAGGACGGUUUUGAGCUUGUCAACAACUACACCUACUCCUUCCUCGGCGAUGGUUGCUUGAUGGAGGGUGUCUCCAGCGAGGCUUGCUCUCUGGCUGGCCACCUCCAGCUUGGCAACCUCAUUGCCAUCUGGGACGACAACCAGAUCACCAUUGACGGUGACACCGCUGUUGCCUUCACCGAGGACGUCCCCAAGCGAUAUGAGGCUUACGGCUGGCACGUCAUCAAGGUCGAUGACGGUGACCACGACCUUGCUGCCAUCGAGGCUGCCAUCAAGGAGGCCAAGUCCGUUACCGACAAGCCUACUCUUAUCCAGCUCAAGACCACCAUUGGUUUCGGCUCCCUCAACCAGGGCACCCACGGUGUCCACGGUUCUCCUCUCAAGGCUGAUGACAUCAAGCAGCUGAAGGAGAAGUGGGGUUUCAACCCCGACGAGAGCUUCGCCGUUCCCCAGGAGGUCUACGACUUCUACGGCAAGCGAUCUUCUGAGGGCGCCGCCCGUGAGCAGGAGUGGAACCAGCUCCUCGCCAAGUACAAGGAGCAGUACCCCAAGGAGCACGCCGACCUUGUCCGCCGAUUGACCGGCGAGCUUCCCGAGGGUUGGGAGAAGAGCCUCCCCGUCUACACCCCCUCCGACCCCGCCAUUGCCUCGCGAAAGCUGUCCGAGACCGUCCUCGCCAAGAUCGAGGGUGUCAUCCCCGAGCUCUUCGGUGGUUCCGCCGAUUUGACCGGCUCCAACCUGACCCGCUGGAAGGAGGCUGUCGACUUCCAGCCCAAGUCCACUGGUCUCGGUGACUACUCUGGCCGAUACGUCCGAUACGGUGUCCGUGAGCACGGUAUGGGCGCUAUCCUCAACGGUCUGGCUGCUUACGGUACCAUUCUCCCCUACUCUGGUACCUUCCUGAACUUCGUUUCUUACGCUGCCGGAUCCGUCCGCUUGUCUGCUCUUUCUCGCGUCCGCACCAUCUGGGUCGCCACUCACGACUCAAUUGGUCUCGGAGAGGAUGGUCCUACUCACCAGCCUAUUGAGACUCUUGCUCACUUCCGCGCUCUCCCCAACACCAUGGUCUGGCGACCUGCUGACGGUAACGAGACCAGUGGUGCUUACUACGUCUGCUUGACUUCCAAGCACACCCCUAGCAUCAUUGCUCUGUCUCGUCAGAACCUUCCCCAGCUCGAGGGCUCUACCAUCGAGAAGGCCGCCAAGGGUGGUUACGUCCUGCACGAGGUUGAGGGUGCUGACAUCACCCUGGUUUCUACCGGUUCUGAGGUUUCCAUUGCCGUCGACGCCGCCAAGUACCUCGAGGAGAAGAAGAACAUCAAGGCUCGCAUUGUCUCCAUGCCCUGCUUCGAGGCCUUCGACCUCCAGGACAAGGAGUACCGCCUGUCUGUCCUUCCCGACGGUGUCCCCUCUCUGUCCAUUGAGGUCAUGAGCACCAUGGGCUGGGAGCGCUACACUCACGAGCAGUUCGGUAUCAACCGAUUCGGUGCUUCUGGUGCCUACAAGGAUGUCUACAAGAAGUUCGAGUUCACCCCCGAGGGUAUCGCCAAGCGUGCCGUUGCCACCAUCGACUUCUGGAAGGAUGUUCCCAACGUCCGAUCUCCCAUCAACCGCGCCUUCCAGCAGAUCAUCUAGAUCUAUUAAUAUAACGAGUAAAAAGAAACGAAAGAAAAGAGUAAAAAUACCGGUACAAAAUAAGACCGGACAGAAUGAUUAUGAUGAUGGACUUUGGAGCAAGGCCUUGUGGAUUUCGAGCAACUUAGACGUACUACGAGAUGAAAUUAAAUCUUCUAGAACAAAGAACUGGUAUGCUGUGCCGUGCUAUGCCGUGCCUUGCUGUGGUAACUGUCUGCCACACGAUUCUAUGAUCUAUAUAGCCGUGGUAGGGUUGAAUAACUUGAAUUUGUAUGUGCGCCUCCGACGUGUCAUGGUUGAAGACACAUGAGUUCCUCAUGAACCCAGAUGCUGGUCGUUUUUUUCUUCUCAUGUCGCAUCCCAUCUUGCAACUUGUCGCAUUAUAGAUGGUGCACGAUCCUAAAUGACGAAUACACCAAAGCUUUUAUCCUAGUUUCCUCAUCCACUUCAUGUCGUUUUUGCGUAUUCCCCUUUGUGGUAUCGCUUCGUAUUACAUCGCUUCGUAAACGUAGUUCGUCAUGUCAUGAAAACGACAAGCAUUGCUCGGAUGUCAAAUAUCCCCUUUCUGUCUGAUCACUCUGGUCCAUUCUCGUUUGCGCGCUCCUGGCUGCUUUCAGCUGCCCAUUCCUUUUGAAUCUCUCUUCCUACGCGCUCCAGUCUAGCGGAUGCGCGGCGGGCCUCUCUUGAUUCAUCUGCGGAACCGGCCACAACGACGCCCACAAGCGGCGGGGCCGCAUCCUCAGAGCGCGGGUCGCUGUAGGGCGCCGGUGCUGGUUCAGACCGAGGUGCCCUUUGGUCAACACCAUGACUUGAGCCAGGCGCCGAACCGGGACGGCUUGAGGUCGCCGGCGCAGCGUUGUUGGUGGUUGUGUCGACUGCGUCGCGAGGGUCAAGAUAUGAAUACAGCACGACAGGCCCGCGGUCUGGGUACUCGACCAUCAAGCGCUGAGGGCGGCCAAGGCCAAGCCUUUGAGCGGCGGUCUGUGAGGAUAGUGCGCUGGAAGUUAGGGCUGUGAGAGAUUCGAGAUGCGAUUGCGACGAGGCCGAGGUGAUGAGCGGGGUGAGAGUGCCGUCGGAGAGGUGGAGGGAGAGAGUGGGGUGUUGCGAGGGGAGGCUGGCCAUGAUGAAGAUGGCUAAAGCCCCGGAAUGGCUAUUAUGUCUGUAGAGAUUGGAGGGUUAUGCCGGAGCCGAAGAGAUUCCGACGCAGUUGAAAAGAACAAAAUAUUAUGGAGGAGGUAAGGUGA